AAGUUACGGUUCCUUUUUUUUCCUAUUAUUAUUGCUUUGGUACUAUUUUCACAACUCCUCCUUGGUCUGUCGGUCACCUGGCUCUGCCUUGGCUCUCCGAUCCUCUGGCUGCGCUUUUAUUACCCAACCCCUGUCAUCAGCUAUAAAUUGCCCCCUGAAAUAUGCACAGUGUUAGUUCAUUCUCCUCUUCACCAAAGAUGGAUCAACAAGUCUCUUUUGUGCUGCUUUUCAUUCUUUUCACUGGAGGAUACUCUCUACAAUGUAACUUGUGCAUACAAAACCUUACGGGUUCUUGCGAAGAAACUACAGUAACAUGCCCCAGUGGAUUUUCCCAGUGUAUGAGUUCAAAAUUCAAAAUAACUGGCACUUCUGUGAACAUGAAAAUAAAGAGUUGUGCUCUGCCAAAUGAUUGUCAAACUGGGAACGUGAACCUCGGCACCGUUAAGAUUUCUUCUUUGUGCUGCAACACUGACCUCUGUAAUAUCCAAGAUGCUCCAGAUCCCAGCUCUACCCCCAAUGGGAAGCAGUGUUACUCUUGCAAUGGACCAGACUGCUCAAACGUGUUGAGUUGUUCAGGGAAUGAAGACUACUGCAUUAAAGCGACAGGGAAUAUUGGCGGCAUGUCAACUACGUUAAAAGGAUGUGCCUCUAAAUCUGUCUGUGAUGCCGCAACAUCAAUUCCAAAUCUUGUAGAUGUCACAUGCUGUCAGGGGAACCUGUGUAACAGUGCAAAGAGCUUCACCCAAAGCCUCAUGCUUCUCUUGUUGCCACUGUUCUCCUACACCCUGUUUCACUGAGUUCACUGAGUUUCACAAAGUGUAUGAAGAUUGAAAAAAUAAAUGUCUUUUUAUUGACUAUUAA